ACACGGAGGAAGUUAAAGGAGGGAGGGAUCAUCCGCAGCUGCAGAGAAGCUUUGUUGAUGGAGCGCAGGUCUGGUCUAAUCUCUGAAACCCUCCUGUUGAGUCUGCACAGGGAGUAUUCCAAGGACACAAUCAAACACAGCAUGCAGUGAUUGAUUGUGACUCUUUGACUCUGUGAACGUGUGUUUGUGUUGUUCUCUGCUGCGGGAACUUCUGAGCAUGGAGCCCAUCGGCCUGAGCUGCCAGGUGUGUCUCAGAAAGCACCCGAAGGUGUCAGCUUUCAAGAAACAUGUACAAACAAUAGAGCAUCGAAAGAAAAUGGAGGAGUUAUUCUCAAAUGAUCAGCUCAGUGGUCAUGGCUUCUUUCCCAACAUUGUUUUCAUUAAUCCAAAUGUCAAAUACGACAACAAAAUACAAAGCAUAGGCUUGUGUCUCCUGACUCUGGUUUACAGUUCAGCGACUCGGACCUACUUUUAUCUGUGCCAUGUCUGUGAGGAGAAGCGUCCGUCAGAAAAUAUUUUACACCACCUUUCAUCUCAUGACCAUUGUAGUAACUACAUUAGCUACAUAGUCCCCAAUCUACUGAGUUUCUCCUGGAUGCCCAGCUCGGACGUGAGAGUUUUUCUGAGGCCUGAGAUCACGAAGGAAGUCAAGGAAACACGAAACACCCUACAGGUUCUGGAUUUGCCUGCAGAUCUAAUGAAAACGAUUGACAAGGGCACCUACUCUGAAGUGAUGCACACUCUCAUAGAAAAUGACAAGCUUCUCAAGCUGCUUGAAGUUGUCAAGCCAAAGCGUACCAUGAUCCAAGAAUACCAAAGAGACGGCAACCGAAAACAUCCACUUCUUGGCAUGCAGCACAUUGUUGAAUGCAUUUGUGCUGGAGCGUACGAGAAGAGAUAUUACCUCUGCACCCUCUGCAAACUAACCAUGGGCAUCCGCGCGAUCAUCAGACAUGUCCUGAGCUUUGACCACAUCUUCUCUUACUUUAAAGCGUGGCACCCCUCUACUUUGAUGGCAAAGGAAGGCUACAGAUACUGCAAGGCCUUCACCUGCACAAUGCUUAAUUUUGCAAAGCAGACAGAAGAAAUCCAUGGAGCUGCAAACACUGAUAUGAAGCAAGUGAACCUGGAACCUGCUGAAUUUACCUCAGUGAAUUUCAAGUCAUAUUCAGAAGCUUUGAAGAAACUGGAAUCCAUCACGAAGGGAAGAGAAGGCGGCAGCUUGGUUGCAACCAUCCACCCAGGGAAGAAGCUAACAUUUUGGACAAAGCACGCCAGUGUGACGGCCAGUGUGCCGGCCAGUGUGCCAAUCAAGGGGCCAGUCAGGCAGCCGGUGGUGCAGCCAGUCAUGCAGCCAGUCAUGCAGCCGGUCAUGCAGCCGGUCAUGCAGCCGGUCAAGCAGCCGGUCAAGCAGCCGGUCAAGCAGCCGGUCAAGCAGCCGGUCAAGCAGCCGGUCAAGCAGCCGGUCAUGCAGCCGGUCAUGCAGCCGGUCAUGCAGACGGUCAAGGAGACGGUCAAGCAGCCAGUCAUGCAACGGUCAAGGAGCCAGUCAAGCAGCCAGUCAAGCAGCCAGUCAUGCAGCCAGUCAUGCAGCCAGUCAAGCAGCCAUUCAAGCAGCCAGUGA